UUAUCAUAUCAAUACUGAUCGGCUAUCUAUUGAAGGCCAUUAUGGCUCCUAAAGAUAUUAAGCUCUUGACCUUUUUUGUUACUUUCAUCUAAAUACGUGCAGGUCUCGAUGCCGAUUGAGCUGUAGGUUUGAUUCCUGACUUGGGCUCAGAAAUAUUCUGACUAAUUAAUAGCUCGGAGGAUACCUCCAAAUUUCCAUCAGUUAGUCCAGUCUACGCAAUAUUGUCGUGUUGUUUUAACUGUUGGGUUUGCAGAAACAAAAAGGCUUUGAUAUACUAAUGUCUAAACUGACAUUGCUUGACGAUGAUUGGACUGAAGAUAAUCUUAUCAGUUCACGCAGAACCUAGGAUGAGGCUUUCACACUGGGAUAUUGCCAACAGAGGCCGACCCUCAAUAACCUGUUAAUCGUCACGGUAUGAAAGAGGCCUGUCAUCUGAACAAGGCGCUUUCAUCCUUUAUCAGGCGGGAAAAAUUUCCAGACAAAGGCCUCUCAAGCACAGUUGCACGCACACGCAUUCCAGUGUCAGUGCGCUUGCGCGAUGAAAUCUAUAUUGCAGUUAAAAGCAGACACAUUCAACAGGAGUAUAUCAUUUACGAGCAAAACGAGCCGCACACUUCGUGCAACAUAAUCAUGAGCUCCAAACCUUACCGUAUUGGUCAAUGGAUUCCUUCUGACCAGAAAGUUCUUGACAAAUGGUUAGACAACUUGAUCACAGAAGUCAAAAGUAAAUCCAAAGAUAGGUUAGCGUUAUUGAUGGCUCUUCAUCCGCCGGCUGAAGAUGAAGAGACGGCUAAAGGUGGAAAUCAGCUAGCAGUUGCUCACGGUACAGAGGAAGAUCUCAGUCUCCAUCCACCGGUUCAAGAAUUAUUGAAAGCUAUCAUCUCCGACCCCGAGAUAAACAUGUUUUUCCAUCAGAUGUUCUGGCAACAGUACAAGAAUCCAGAUAGUUCGAUAGGAACAAGGAUCCCUUGCUGGCAACUGAUGAUUAUUUUAAUCGACUUCAUCAUGACCACAGCUCCAGUGUACAACAAAACUGGUUUGGUUGGCUUCCCCAUCAACGUAAUCCUAAACUGGCCGAUGGCUACGACUGCUUUCCUCAACGACAAAGUCAACAGGUUGUUCAAAAGUAUUCUCAACUAUUGGGGAAAGUUUCUUUCCAGUUCUGCUUCUUGUUACGUGUUGACUGAUGAUCCUCGUCAUGGUUGGUUUGGUGAAGACGCAAUGCAAGCCAUGCCAAACUUCGUCCAAGAGUUCAAAUGCAAGCCCAACGAAAAACAUUAUGGUUUUACAUCAUGGGAUGAUUUCUUCACCAGAGAGUUUCGUAAUGGCAUUCGUCCAGUAGCAUCUCCGGACGACGAUUCCAUUGUUGCGAAUGAAAAGUUGAAAGGAAAACAUCUAAGCCCUUCAGCAGCGCUUUAUUUCUGCAUAUCAGAAAUCAACUAA